AUGGUGGAGACUCAGUUGAAGAGAAGCGACGGGAUGGGGCGAGCAUCCUUUGGGAUGCGGCCGUCUCCCCUCCGAAGGUGUACCGCGGCCAAGAAGGAGGAAUCCUGGAUGGGUGAGCGGCGCCUCCGUUUGCCUGGGGGAAGGAUGAGGCGGUGUUUGGCGCGGCCAAGCUCAUCUUCCGGGGGCCGGAGCCCAGAGUCGCCGCCGGGCCAGCGCUCCGCGGGGUCCUCUGGGAAGAGGCGUCCGGUGACGCACCCCGCGGAGGAUUUUGGGACUUGUAGUUCAGCAGCGAGUUCGGGCCAGCGCCACUCGGCCCAGGAGGCUUUUAGAUGCCUUUGUCGCCAGCCAGCCGUUCUCCGUGUUGUUCGUGAGGUCGCGCCUGGGGGUCAAGGAGGGUUAAGCGCGUGUCCUUCUGAGUCUGAGUGGCUGGAAGGGUUACUUUCUGAGGAUUCAGACCUUCCCCAUGCCGGAAACCCUAAAGAAAAUGGCCUGGUCACUGUGGUGCUGACCCCAGCAUCCAAGGAGUCGAUGAUCAGGGAUAUGGCUGAGGCUCUCACUCCGUGGAGGCAGCUGAACCCUCCUCAGGGAGACAUGCCUGAGAAGCAUAGGAAUCUGGUCCUGCUGGGGCUUCCAAUUUCCAAGCCUGACGUAAUCUCUCAGUUGGAGUGUCGGGGGGAGCUGGAGAGAGAAGUCUCAAAGGCAACUAGUCCAGACUGGGGACCAGAACCAGAAAGCAAGGAGCUAAUUCCAGAGCAGGACAUUUCUGAAGAAGAAUCAGCCCCUGUGGUAUUAAUAGAAAGAUUUCCAAAGGAAAGUUCCAUUGACUGUGAGGAUUCUUUAGAGAGUCAGCAGGAAAACCAUGAGAAACAUUUAAUCCAAGAGGUUGUCCCUCAGAAGAAACCUUCUGGGGAGAGAAGUUACCAGUGUGAUGGAUUUGGAAGAAAAUUUAGUCGGAGAUCAUUACUUGUUCAACAGCAGGGAGAGGGAAAACAUGGUUGUGAUUCAUUUAAAAAGAACUUGAAACAAAAUUCAGAUCUAAUGAAACAUGAGAAAAUGUGUGUAGGAAAGAAACCUUGGAAAUGCAAUGAGUGUGAGAAGGCCUUUAGUUACUAUUCAGCUUUUGUCUUGCAUCAGAGAAUUCACACAGGAGAAAAACCCUAUGAAUGUAAUGAAUGUGGUAAAGCCUUUAGCCAGAGCAUACACCUUACUCUACACCAGAGAAUUCAUACAGGAGAGAAACCUUACAAAUGUCACGAAUGUGGGAAAGCCUUCAGUCACCGCUCAGCCCUUAUUCGGCAUCAUAUUAUCCAUACUGGGGAGAAACCCUAUGAAUGCAGUGAAUGUGGGAAGGCCUUUAAUCAGAGUUCAUACCUUACUCAGCAUCAGCGAAUUCAUACUGGAGAGAAACCUUAUGAGUGUAAUGAAUGUGGGAAGGCCUUCAGCCAAAGCACGUUCCUUACCCAGCAUCAGGUAAUUCACACUGGAGAGAAACCCUAUAAGUGUAACGAAUGUGGAAAAGCUUUCAGUGAUCGUUCAGGCCUUAUUCAACACCAGAGAACUCAUACUGGGGAGAGGCCUUAUGAGUGCAAUGAAUGUGGGAAAGCCUUUGGCUACUGUUCUGCCCUGACUCAACACCAGAGGACUCAUACUGGGGAGAAACCCUACAAAUGCAAUGAUUGUGCCAAAGCUUUCAGUGACCGCUCAGCCCUUAUUCGUCAUCAGAGGACACACACUGGAGAGAAGCCCUACAAGUGUAAGGAUUGUGGAAAAGCUUUCAGCCAAAGCUCAUCUCUUACAAAACAUCAGAAAACUCACACUGGAGAAAAACCUUAUAAGUGUAAGGAAUGUGGGAAAGCUUUCAGCCAGAGUUCAUCCCUUUCUCAGCAUCAGAAAACUCAUGCUGGAGGGAAAAACAAGGAAUAUGGAAAAGCCUUUAGUGAGCAUUCAGCCUUUGGCCAACAAAAGAGAAUUCAUACUGGAUAAAGGCCAUGUAAAUGUAGGACAUUCAGAACAUAUUUAUGGAACAAUCACCAUACAUGCUGAAAGGGCUACAAAGGAAUUUAAGACUGUUACAAAAAAGAUAUUGAGAAGUCAUUGUUGAUAGGAGACAUAGCUGACUUGAGUGUGAAAGAAGAGUUUUGCAUUUUAAAAAAUGUGCUAACAGAGGAUGUUGUGAAUUUCCCUGGGAAGAGAGGAGAAUUAUUUCCAACACCCUUAUGUGUAUGAAUGUUGCCAAAUCCUUUGGAGACAAAUAGGGUGUGCCAUGAUGGAAAGAGGACGUCUUGGCUGGGCUAGGUGGUCUCAUAAUGCUAAGGGGGAUCAAGUUUUUAAAGGAAUAAAUGGUUCUUUUAGGGGACUUGCAGGAGUAGAAAUCAGAGGUUGGCAGUUCACAAUGAGUCUGUCCAGUGUGGAGAGUGGCAGUUGAAGGGAACUUGCCUUUGGUCUUAAAUCCAAGAGCACUUGGGAGGUAGAUGGCAAGGAUAGGAGAGGAGAACUGGGGGGAUGAAGUCAAGAAAUGUUGAUUGAGAUAACCACACAAAUGAGUACCAACAACCAGGAAAAAUAUUAGUCAAACUUGUUAGUUGGUCAGUUGCAAAGUCUCCAUCUUGAAGCCAAGGAAUGUGGCCUGGCAAGUCUGCUUCUGCACUUUUGGUCUCUUAGACCUUGCUUCUUGAGAAGGCACCUACUAAGAAUCAUAUUAACUCCAAGAGUCAAGAUCAACAGCUAGAAAGGGAGACUAUGGAAGGGACUGCUAAUGUUUUCAAUUUAUUUUCAGCUGAGUUACCUGAGAAUGUGCGUAUUUAUCAAGAUUUACCUCAGUUGUAUAUAGUUUGUACCUUAUAGUUUUCAUACAGUCAUUUUAUUUAGCUGUAGACCUGAACUGGCACUGUGUAUUAGAUUGUGAAAAACUUGAAAAGACUAGACAUACUUACCUUUCAUCAUUUACUUUUGAAUAGAGGCAGAUGACAUCUUUUUUUUU